GGAGGAGGUGAAAAGGGAAAAGAAAAGCUGAGAAGAUAUAUACAUAUAUACGAGAGAGUGAGUAAUCGAGAAAGAGAAGAAGCAUAUAUAUCAAAAUGGCUGCAGAGAUGGAGAGGGAGUCAUUGAUAACUGAAGCUCCUAAUGCACCAGUUACUGCACAGAGAAGGGUCAGAAAUGACUUAGAAAAUUCUCUACCAAAACCAUACUUGCCAAGAGCAUUGAAAGCUCCUGAUACGGGUCACCCAAAUGGAACAGCAGGCCACAGGCACCACAACUUAUCUGUUCUUCAGCAGCAUUGUGCUUUUUUUGAUCAAGAUGACAAUGGAAUCAUUUACCCUUGGGAAACUUACAUGGGGCUGCGUUCUAUUGGAUUUAAUGUUGUUGCAUCUGUUAUUAUGGCUAUUGUUAUCAAUGUUGGAUUGAGUUACCCCACUCUACCUAAUUGGUUCCCUUCUCUCCUUUUUCCUAUCUACAUACACAACAUACACAAAGCAAAGCAUGGGAGUGACUCUGGAGUUUAUGACACAGAAGGACGUUAUGUGCCAGCAAAUAUUGAGAACAUAUUCAGUAAGUAUGCUCGUACAGUACCUGACAAGCUCACACUUGGGGAGCUCUGGGACUUGACAGAGGGAAACCGAAAUGCUUUUGACAUAUUUGGCUGGCUUGCAGCAAAAUUUGAAUGGGGGGUUCUGUACAUUCUGGCAAGGGAUGAGGAAGGUUUCCUGUCUAAAGAAGCUGUUAGAAGAUGCUUUGAUGGGAGCUUAUUUGAAUACUGUGCUAAAAUGCAUACUACUAGUGAUGCCAAGAUGAGUUGAAAUUGGAUUAUGCAGUGUGCAUAGUUACGUGUGAUGUGUCGUUUCUGUUAGACAUGUUAGUGGUGUAAUGUGAAAAAAUAGUAAAAAAAUAAACUUAUUAGGAACUCGUGGUCUGGGAUUGAUCAGCAUAAUAAAGAGUUUACUGUCUCUAGCA